CAGAGCAUGUCUUGGAAAACACAGCUGAGAUACACUUGCUGAUGAAUUAACAGCGAAGCCACGUAGUUUGUAUCUGAAUACGAUGCGUGUCAACAACUGAACAUGGCACACGCCUCUGUCUGAAAGUCGACCCCUGCCCCCUCAGUCGCCUGAAGGCUUGUCGUCUAACCUCCUCAUCCAUAGUCAACUGAUCAAAAGAAGGGACGUGCUGUUACGAUGUUCAGCACCAAAAGACUGAAGAAGAAAUCCCAGUCAGUGGACAUCGCCAGUCAUGGAUACUCCCCUCCCCUGGUGGGUGGCCUGCUACACAGAGCUUCUCCACCAGUUACCAAGGCGAAUACGUUCGCGGUACAAGGGAACAACACGACCAACGCCCAGCGAUGCAGUCCCCGGUGCAGUGAGCUGAAGCGAUUCUACACCAUAGAUACCGGCCAGAAGAAGACCGCGGACAAGAAGGAUGGACGCCGCAUGUCGUUCCAGAAACCCAAGGGGACCAUGGAGUACUCUGUGGAAUCGUGGGACACAUUGAACAGCAUUGCAUUGAAGUUUGACACCACGCCCAAUGAACUGGUUCAGCUGAACAAGCUGUUCUCCAGAGCGGUCGUCCCAGGCCAGGUGCUCUAUGUUCCUGACCCUGAGUAUGUCUCCAGCGUGGGCAGCUCCCCCUCUCUCAGUCCCAUCAGUCCCCUGUCACCCACCUUCACCGAGGCUGACUUAGAGAAAGUGACGGAGUCAAAUGCCGUCCCAAGGCCUCUGACGGAAUUCCAGGGCCCAGCAUUCGCCGGCCUCCGCCCCACCCGAGUGGUGUCAUCCACCUCGGAGGAGGAAGAAGCCCUGACUGAAAAGUUCCUCAAAAUCAACUGCAAGUACAUCACAGACGGCAAGGGAGCGGUUAGCGGCGUGCUGCUGGUGACCCCCAACAACAUCAUGUUCGACCCACACAGGACCGACCCGCUGGUGCAGGCACACGGGUGCGAAGAGUACGGCAUCAUGUGCCCCCUGGAGGAGGUCACAUCCGCCGCCCUGUACCGCGAGAUCACCGACCGCAAGAUCCGCGAGUCUGUCCCCUCGGACCUGGAGCAGCUGUCCCCGGUGCAAGACGCCAGUCAGCCGAAGAGAAUAUCACGGAGCGGCACGGAAGAGGCAGAGUCUUGUCCACGGGAGGUGGCCGCAGCAGCAACAGCAGCGGAUAGCGGCAGCGCUGCCCCGCGCAGCGCUGAGGGCUCCUUCUCUGAGGACGUGUUCACAGAGCCAGACCUGUCCCCCAUCCGGGAGGAGCAGGGCAAGCCUGCAGGUGAGGCUUCUGAGUCCGUCAGCACCGCCGACCGGGCAGAGCCAGCGGGCAGCAGCAAGUCCGAGGGCCAGCAGAAGGGGGCAGGGAAGGAGCCAGCUGAAGCGGGGCACACCCCAGAGAGCCAGACUGUCCAAUCCCAGUCGCCAGCGGGAUCCAAGCAGCACAGCACAGAGCAGUCCCCAAGCACACCCACAGAUGGGGAGCAAGAGGGUGGGGCCAGGUCACGCCCCAUCUCCGAGUCGCAGGGCCCCACCGCUGGGGUCACAGACCCCUCCAGCCAGGAGGGCCCUGACAAGGGUGGGCUGGUCAGAGAAGGGACGGCAGAGUCUGAGACAGAUGUGGAGGAGCUGAGGAAGAUGUGGAAGAGUCACACUAUGCAACAAGCCAAGGAGCAGAUGGAGAAUGUACAACAGACAAACAGGGAGGAGCCGCCAGCCACGUCCGGCCAGGCGGCAGAGGGGUCCCAGCCAGCUGAAGGACCUGCGGCGUCCAAAGAGCAGCAGAGGCACCAGUCCCACAAGUUCCUGUGCCUGCGUGUGGGCAAGCCCAUGAGGAAGACCUUUGUGUCACAUGCCAGCGCCUCAAUGCAGCAGUACGCCCAGCGGGACAGAAAGCACGAGUACUGGUUCGCCGUCCCACAGGAGAGAUCGGACCACCUGUACGUGUUCUUCAUCCAGUGGAGCCCGGAUAUGUACGGUGAAGGCCUGGGAGGCAUGGGCCGUGAGCCCGGAUUCGUGGUGGUCAAGAAGAACGAGGAGUCGGAGACCGGGGAGGAGCAGCCAGCCACCGACAUAACGGCCAAGGAGUGGGAGGUGGUGUCGGUGGCCGAGUACCACCGCCGGAUCGAUGCACUAAACAGCGAAGAUCUGCGUGCACUCUGCAAACGCCUCCAGAUCACCACCAAGGAGGAGGUCAACUCCAAGCAUGGCACCUCCAUCAAGACCGACCUGGAGCCGGAGACGCUCAAGCCCAACCUGAGUGAACCCAGUGACCUCCUGCAGGCCCACCAGAUAGAGAAGCUUGCAAAGCAUCUCCCUCCCAGAACGAUCGGGUACCCCUGGACACUGGCCUUUGGCACGGCAAAACACGGCAUGAGCAUUAAGACGCUGUACCGCACCAUGCAGGGCCAGGAUACGCCUGUCCUCAUGGUCAUCAAAGACAGUGACGGGGAGGUGUUUGGCGCGUUAGCGUCCGAGCCCUUUAAAGUCAGUGAUGGCUUCUAUGGGACCGGAGAGACCUUCCUCUUCAGCUUCUAUCCAGAAUUUGAGGUGUUCAAGUGGACAGGGGACAAUAUGUUCUUUAUCAAAGGAGACAUGGACUCCUUAGCAUUCGGGGGUGGAGGGGGCGAGUUUGGCCUCUGGCUGGAUGGGGACCUCUACCACGGCAGGAGCCAUUCGUGCAAAACGUUCGGCAACCCCAUGCUGUCCCGGAAAGAGGACUUCUAUGUGCAGGACAUAGAAAUCUGGUCGUUUGAAUAACUCAUCACAGAUGGGUGGUGGGGGGGUGUCAUUAAAAUGUCCCAGGACAUCCCCCAAAUGACAGUGUCCCAAACCUGGCUGCACAUCACCUCGACUCCCCCAGGAAGCUCCCCUUACAAAAGCAAAUGACCACGCCUACUGUCUGUUACUACUGCAUUAAUACAGAGCUUUUCUUUGUGACGUUACCGCUGGUGUAUUUCCCUAAAGCUGUGCUGAGAGGAGGCGAGAGGUUUGGCGGUUUAGCACCGGCUAGUCUCCGCCCAUAGGAACCGAGGACCGCCGAAGCACGCUCGCACUUCAAGUGUAGAUGAUGGUAGAGCAGGUUUGGGACCGAGGAGAGCGCGAGAGAGAGAAAGAACUGCAGCAGUCCCGAUGGGCACACACAUCGUCCCUUCUCCUGACCCCCUCUUAGACGGCCCCUGGUAAGAUAACCUUCAAAAAACGGUGUUAAGGCCUUCACUCGGAGCAAAAAUGCCGUCGGCGAUGAAGAGUCAGACGCCAAUUCUGCAUACGUCAUGAAGGGGUGCAAGUGGGAUAGGGCCCUGCUCGGGGAUGAUGGUCCCCCCCCCCACCUGCUGUCCUCAGAAGCAAAGCAUAGAGAACUAUGUACUAUAGUCCUCCCAUUGUUCACCAUCAUAGCGUACCAUCUCAAAGCACAUAGCUAGAGUCAGAAUACCCAUAGUCGUACUGUUCUGUUCAGUGGGUGUAUGUGAGUUCAGCUAAUGCCAGCUCCAGCCAGGAGCUGAGUGUACUGUUUGUAGACAGUAAUGUGUCGCAAUAGAUUUGUGGAAUAUGCAAAUUACUGUCAUGUGACCUCAAAUAAUACAGGGGGGCGCUUUGUCGACCUGUCGUUCUUUCAGAGAGAACUUGUAAAGCUUUUACGUCUUGACAAAUAAUUGCUUUUCUGGAUAUAAUUUGAAAAGCCUGAGACGUGGUUUAA